AUUUUAAAUCCGUUUCACUCCAUUUUGCUAUACUUUUAGGCUGAAACUCGUGACCAUUUAAAGAAAAUGAAAAUAAAAAAAUCAAGAUGAACAAAACUUAUAGGAAUGAGAAAUAUGUUGUGAAUAAAAGAAGAGAAAAAAAAUUGUAUUUUGUAUUUGAUGAUAUAUAUAUUAUUAUUUGAUAAAUGAAUUUACUUACUUAUCAUCUUCAUGAUUUUAGGAAAAGUUAUUAGUUUAAUUAAUAUUUUUAUUUUAAUAUAAUAUUUAAGAUAAUUAAUAAACAUUAACCUAUUCAACCGAUAUAUAUAUACUAUUAUUUUUUAAAAACUAUUUUAAUAUAUAUAUAUAAUUAUAUGACAUUUAUUACAGUUAGUUAAUAAAUACAUAUUAACAAUAAUAUCAUAAUUACAUAUAUCUUAUAUUUAGAGUAUCUCCAAUGUAUUACUCAUUUUUUUACUCCAAAAUGGUGUAACUCCAAAAUGGAAUUGGGUUUUACUCCAAUGUAUACUCCAUUUUUUACUCAAAAAAAAUAUUCACAAAUGAUUCCUUUUUUAUUUAGUUAAUAAUUGUUAGUAGUACCUUCAACUUAUAAAAAUUUAACAAUUAACCCAACUAUUUUAUAUUUACAAAACUUUCAUAAAAAUAUAUUUUAUUUAAGUUAAAUAUUUAUUAAUGAAAAUACAGUUAGAGCUUUUCUUCCAACUUCAAUUGGUGUAAUUUUCAUCAUAUGCAAUUUUUCUAAUUCAAAAACAAAUUAUGCAUUAGAAGAACAUAAAGAAGAUAACAAUUUUUUUGUAAUUUAAAUUAUGUACUUGAUCCAAAUGUUUGUACAUAUAUUAAGUUUAACAAGUAUAAAUGUUAUCAAUCGAAAUAUUGACCCACAAGAUAUAUAAACUCAUCUAUUCCGUUUGAACGAAACUUCAACGAUUCCAACAACAGUUUACAGAAUUAUUAAAUCACUUAUUUGUAUUAUAUUAUAUUACAUUAUAUUAUAGAUUAUUUAUGUUUAGUUUUGAUUUUUAUUAGUGUAUGCAUAUUUUAUGUAAAACUAUUAAAUAAUAUUUUAUGGAGUAUUAUAUUUAUUUUCAUGUUAUUGUAUUAUUUUAAAUAAUAUUUAAGUGUGAAAAAAAUAUUCAAAAUUAAAAGGAUUAUUUCAAAAAUAAAAAAAAUUCAACUCAAAAAUAGAGUAAUAGGCAAGAUUACUCCAUAAAUGGAGUAACCCUAGCCAUUACUUUAUUUUAGAGUUGAAUAUAGAGUAGGAUUGGUGAAGAUUUUACUCAAAAAUGAAGUUUGAAGUCAAAAAUAGAGUAGGGUUGGAGAUGCCUUUAGUUUAUGGUUUUACUUACUAACACUAUAGCCAGUUUUUUAUUCUUGUUGAAAAUAUUGAUCCAAGUAACUAUUACAAUAUUAUAAUAUUAAUUUAACAUUUUUAUUUAAUUUAACAAUUUAAAUAUUUAUAAAAAUAAACUUUAGAAUUUUAAAUAAUUAGGUAUAUAUAUAUAUUAGUCAGUACAAGGUCUGAACCAUCACUAGUUAAUUAAUAUAUAUAGGGAUACAAUAUCUUAGAGAAUAAACAAAUCUUUAGAUACAAGUUUAUUUAGAAUAUUAAUCUAUAAGAUAAUCUCUAUAUAAUAAACAUCCAUAUCUAAAAAACGUUUUUUGACAUCAACAUAAACAUUCAUAUCUAAUAUUUAUAAUACAACUUUUAUGUGUCUAUUAUACAAAUAUUUUCUAAAUCGCGUAAGUUGUUGUCUUGUCAAAAAUCUUAAGAGAAAAAUAGAUCUUGAUCCGUACAUUCGUGCGAGUGUUAUUCUUUCUAUAAUAAAAUAUUCUAAAUUAUAUAACAUAAAUUUUUUAUUUGUAAAUAUUAUUAUGUAGCAAUACUAUUUUACAUAACUUUAUGUUUUGUUUCUAAAAUUUGAAAUAUAUAUGGAGAUUAAAUUAAACUGAACCUAUAUAAAUAGAGUUGAAUAUUUUUUGGGAUACUAUUGAAAAAAACAAAACUUAUUUUUUUAAAAACUAUAAUAUUUUGUACUUGCAAAAUAAUUUUGUAGUCAAGAUCAUAUUUGAGAAAUUGCUUGAAGUACACCAAGUUGGAUAUCAUUUUUUCUUAACUCAAUUAAAGAUAUCCUGAUAUUUAGGUUUAAAAUGCAAUAUCCGUAAAAAAAAAAAGCAAAUCACAAAUAUCAAUAUUUAUAGGAACGGAUAUCCAAUAUAAUCUGUUAUAUGCAUAUAUAUAUAAUUAAAGAAUUAUGUAUAAGUUAUAUAUAAAUUUUACAAUAUUUUUGUUUUUAAAUAAUUUCAUUUUAAGAAUUUUAUUUUUCAUGUAUUAUUUUGAAAAAAAAUGUCAUUUAAUAUUAAUUAACAGUAUUUUUAUAUAUUUAUCAACCACCUUUAUAUACUUUCACAUACCCAUACAUGUGAACAUUGACGUGAGCACUUUAUAACUAAGUAUUUACCACAACUAAAAUAUCUAAUUUUUUUGAAAGUUAAAAUAUUCUUUUUCUUAAUGCUUCUUUCACUAUCGACCAAAUUGUAGUAAAAUGAUUUGUCUUAAUAAUUUUUUUUUCUUUUUUUUUAACUAUUAUCCGUUUAGAAACUAUAAUAUGAAACUAUUGGUUCGUCAUCACGACUAUCUAAGAUUCAUAACUUGAAAACAAACAAAUAAUAGUAAUUUUUGAUUAUCACAAGAAAAAAAAAACUAAAAACAUCAAACAUUUUAACCGAACAACCCAAAUAAAUAUUGAUUUAAAAUGAUAGUUAUAUUUUUGGAGAUUAAAAACAAAAAAGAAACAAUCUAAAACCAAACUGAUAUCGAGAUUAAACAGAUUAAUGUCUCCUUAUUAAAAAAAUAACGAAACUAAUAAUCACAUUCCGCGGAUUAUUAUUUAGUAUAAUUGAAAUAAAGAUCAACCAUGUCUGACAAAAAAAUAAAAUAAUAGAUCAACCAUGUAAUUGGGUCUAGUCAUCUAAAUCACGUGGCACUCAGUUUAAGACAAAAGAAUAAAUGAUUUUUGGGGAUUUGGUCCGAUCCGGUCAGUUGAGCUAGGUCAGCCAGGAACAUUUUCCAAGAAACUUCUGCAUUUAAUUGAACUUAAGUUAUAUAGCAAACCAACUUAACUAAAUGGCGAUGAUAGGUUUACCUAUGGUACCUACACUUCAAAAUUCUGUAGUCUAAAAAUGGCGAUGAUAGGCUUACCUGAAGUCUUCGUAGCAUUCAUUUCUUUCCUUGUAUUCAACUGUUCCUUCCUCCUCAAGAAAUCUCAGAGCCAGCCUAUUCUCAAGAACUGGCCUUUCUUUGGGAUGCUUCCAGGAAUGCUCGCCCAUAUCCCUCGUAUUUUUGACUUCUCCGUCGAGGUUCUCGAGGCCACCAAUCUAAUUUUUUCUUUCAAAGGGCCAUGGCUUAGUGGUACCGACAUGCUAUUCACGGCCGACCCAUGGAAUAUUCAUCACAUACUAAGCUUAAACUUUGGCAAUUACCCUAAAGGACCUGAGGCUAAGAAGAUCUUCAAUGCUCUCGGAGAUGGAAUCUUAAGUGCUGAUAUGGAGCUGUGGGAGAAUCUGAGGAAGUCAAAUCACGCCAUCUUUCAUCAUCCAGAUUUCCUGAAGCUGUCAGUAAGUAGCAAUACAAUUAAGCUAAAGGAAAGUCUUAUUCUUUUUCUUGAUAAUGCUGCUCAUGAAAAAAUUAUCAUAGACUUACAAGAUGUGUUCAAGAGAUUCAUGUUUGAUACUUCUUCGAUUUUGAUGACUGGUUAUGACCCAAUGUCACUGUCCAUUGAGAUGCCAGAAGUUUUGUUCGAUGAAGCUGUGGAAACAGGUGAAGAAGCUAUCUAUUAUAGAUAUUUCAAACCGGUGAUCUUGUGGAGACUUCAAAGCUGGCUUGGUAUUGGACUUGAGGGGAAGAUGCGAACUUAUUUGGCGGCUUUCAAUCGUAGGUUUGCAAAGAUCAUAUCUUCUAGAAGAGAGGAGAUGAGCCGGGGGAAAAGAAAACAAUCAGUGGACGUGUUAACGUAUUAUAUGAAUGUGGAUACGACCAAAUAUAAGCUCUUGAAACCGAAUAAUGAUAAGUUUAUACGAGACGUUGUUUUCAGUCUAUUGUUGGCAGGAAGGGACACUACAAGCUCAGUUCUCACUUGGUUCUUUUGGCUUCUUUCUAAGCAUCCUCAAGUUUUGACCAAGAUCCGGAAAGAGAUCAACACUCAGUAUGAUCCUACAGAUCUAGAGAAGCUCGUGUAUCUACAUGCUGCAUUGUCCGAAACAAUGAGACUCUACCCACCACUUCCCUUUAACCAUAAGUCUCCUGCAAAGCCAGAUGUACUUCCAAGUGGGCACAAAGUUGAAGCAAAUUCAAAAAUUGUGAUAUGUAUUUAUGCAUUGGGAAGAAUGAGAUCUAUAUGGGGAGAAGACGCAUUGGAUUUUAAACCAGAGAGAUGGAUUUCAGACAGUGGUAAUCUAAGACAUGAACCUACAUACAAGUUCAUGGCUUUUAAUGCCGGUCCGAGAGCUUGCUUGGGUAAAAAUUUGGCUCUAAUGCAGAUGAAGAUAGUGGCUGUGGAGAUAAUACAAAAGUAUGACUUUGAGGUCACGAAAGGUGACAAGAUCAAACCAGUCCCUUCUGUCAUUCUCCGUAUGAAACAUGGUCUUAGUGUCAAAGUCACUAAGAAGAUAUGAUUCCUAUCAAUGAUAGGGCCACUACUGGUAUUACCAGUGUUUGUUCUGCGAA